ACUUACUUAUAAUAUUUCCGUAGAGGCACGUCUUGUGUACAAAUAGUUGAAAAUUUCCAGGAUCAGGUAGAAGUAUCCGUUCCCGUACUUAAAAACAUAAAAAGGAGGUGCAAUUCUCGUAGAGAAGAGACGAUCUCAGACGGAAAUGAGCGGAGAUAUAGAGACUAAUAAUGAAAAUCGAGCUAUUCAUGUUCAAAUAAAAGAAUUUAUAAAGCGUGAGUCUAAUGCCUCGUUCAUAGCUGGAGGAGUUGCAGGAGCUGUAUCACGAACUGUGGUAUCACCAUUCGAAAGAGCCAAGAUUCUUUUACAAGUACAAGGUCCGGGGUCAAACCAUGCAUAUCAAGGAAUGUUCCCCACAAUAUUCAAAAUGUAUAGAGAAGAAGGUUGGAGAGGUUUAUUCAGAGGAAACUUAUUGAACUGUGUUAGAAUAUUCCCUUAUAGUGCAGUGCAAUUUGCUGUAUUUGAAAAAUGCAAAGAAAUCAUGUUAGGACAACGGCCUCAUACAACUCAUAAUCUUACAUCUGGAGAAAGAUUAAUUGGAGGUUCUAUUGCAGGAGUAGUCAGUGUUGCAGUGACAUAUCCAUUAGACUUAAUCAGAGCUAGAAUUACUAUUCAAACUGCAUCUUUGUCUAAAUUAGACAAGGCAAAAUUAUCCAAACCACCUACAGUUGUACUGACAUUUAAAGAAGUAGUGAAAAAUGAAGGUGGGUUUCUUGCUCUUUACAAGGGAAUAGUUCCUACUUCAUUGGGAGUAGCACCAUAUGUAGCCAUUAAUUUUGCAUUGUAUGAAAAGUGUCGUGAAUAUAUGGAAAAUUCAGACUUUAACUUUUCCAAUCCAGUUUGGAAACUUUCAGCAGGAGCAUUUUCUAGUUUUGUGGGAGGAGUAUUGAUCUAUCCUCUAGAUGUAUUACGUAAGAGAUUUCAAGUUGCCAGUAUGGCAGGAGGAGAGUUAGGAUUCCAGUAUAAUUCAGUGACUCAUGCAUUAAUACAUAUGUUUAAACAUGAAGGAUUCUUUGGAGCAUACAAAGGGUUAACAGCCAAUCUUUAUAAGAUUGUACCAUCCAUGGCUGUCAGCUGGUUAUGUUACGAUACAUUGAAGGAUAUGAUUCAUAAGUGGUAGACUUAUUACAAUUUGACUACUAAUAAUCAUACGAAUUAUUUAUUACAUUACAGAUUAUUUAUUACAAUUAUUUAUUAUAUAUUUAUUAUCACUUCAAGUAUUUGAGUAAUUCUUGAAUAUUUCAUUCAUUCAUAUAUUCCUUUAACUUCCUCAUUUAGACCAUUUUUACUUCUAAUCAUAUAUAUAUUAAAUCAUCUAUUAAGUUUAAUAGUUAUAAUAGUUUUAACCUAUAAAAUAUAGUUGUAGAUAUUCACGUGAUCUCUCAUAACCAUAUUAACCAACCAGAUCAAUCAUAAACUAUGGUCGUGUACUUUGUCCCACCCCAUAGCAGGCUGACUUUUUUCAAGUAAGCUUCUGGACUAAACAGACUACCUGAUGGGUGAGGAAAAAAA